AUGGCUACCAACGGCACACCCUCUGCGGCGAACGGCGGCUCCGCGAAGCCCAAGUUCGACCCCAACUUUACCGACCACGUCAUUGGCCUCAUGCAGCCCGAGACCAAGCCCCGCCACCGCGAGAUCUUUGCCUCCCUCAUCCGCCACAUGCACGACUUCUGCCGCGAGGUCGAGCUCACCCAGGACGAGUGGAUCAUUGGCGUCAACUACGUCAACUCGAUCGGCCAGGCCUACAAGAAGAACCGCAACGAGGCGUGGCGUGUCUGCGACAUUCUCGGCAUCGAGUCCCUCGUCGACGAGAUCAACCACAAGAUUGUCACCGACAAGGGCCUCGAGCCCACCUCGUCGGCCAUCCUGGGCCCCUUCUGGUCGCCCGAGACGCCCUUCCGCGAGAACGGCGACAGCGUCGUGCUCAACAUGCCCAAGGACGGCCAGUACACGCUGUUCCACGGCGUCAUCAAGGACGUCGAGACGGGCAAGGGCAUCCCCGGCGCCGUCUUUGACAUGUGGCAGGCCAGCACCAACGGCAAGUACGACGUCUUCGACCCGGAGAACCAGGAGCGCCACAACCUGCGCGGCAAGUUCCGCACCGACUCCGAGGGCCGCUUCUGGUUCUACUGCCUCAAGCCCACCGAGUACGCCAUCGACACCUCGGGCCCCUCGGCCGACAUCCUCAAGCUCAUGGGCCGCCACCCUUACCGCCCGGGCCACAUCCACAUGAUGGUCACCCACGACGACUACAUUGGCGUCACCGCCCAGCUCUACUCGCGCGACGACCAGUACCUCGAGACCGACACCGUCUCGGCCGUCAAGGACGACCUCCUCCUCGACUUCAUCCCCGUCACCGGCGAGAAGAACGGCGCCGUCCUCGACUGCGAGUACGACGUCAAGCUCCUCCACCGCAGGUACAAGCCCGACGCCAAGAUGCUGACGACCAACGCCAACGGCGACAAGACCGUCGACGAGGCCCUCGAGAAACCCGCCGAUGCGUAG